AUGGCUUGGGAGGAUGGACAGCGAGGUGUGUAUCGCUUGACUGGCCAACAGAGCAUUGGGGUGAAACGGACGGCUACUUUGCUUGAGACAGACCAAGCUAUGUUGACUGACAACCUGGUCGACAAGACACAAACCCAUGCUGUGGGACAAUUGAUGGGUCAGGCAAAGCAUCUCAAGAAGGAUCCUGACAUGGGACGUGCAAAAACUUUGCUUGGCAUAAUGGAUGGGCUUCAAAUGAUGAGCGCUGCUGACCCUAGCGUGGAUCCCACUGCCACUUCAAAAAGAGCAGACACGACAUCUUUGCCUCUACCUUCCAUUGCUGCCAACGCACAUGCAAGGGCAGCGCAAAAGACUGAAGAUUGUGAUGAAGAGAUGUCUGUGUUUGAGAGGUUGAAAAAUACCAGCACUCCAGCAAGGGCCAAGGCAGCACCUCAGCCAAAAGUUCCCAAGGCAGCUGCAAAAAAGGCUGCUGCAAAGAGAGCAGCAUCAAAUGAUACAGCUACCACUGCUCCUACCUUGGCUUCUACUCCUGCUCCUGGUAGUGAGGCUUUUUCUUCAACGGCAGACAAAGCUGCCCACAACAAACGCCAGAGAAUCAGUGCUGUGGAAAACCUGGACCCGGCAAUUGUGACUGGCUUUGACAGAUUGACUGAGGCGGACAAAGCUUGGGCAGAUGAGUGGAACGAUAAGCUCAAGAGUGCUUUACGAUUUGAUCCCCGUCCAAAUGAAGUCGAUUUUCGCAACGACUGCGCCGACAGCUUGAAAAAGCUGACAACUCUCAUCAGUGGGCUGAAGACACGUCAGAGACAGUUGAAGCGUCGGACCACUGAAAACCAAACAGCACCUCUUGAGCAAGCUCAAGGUAUGGAAACAAUUGCCUCUGUCAUGCAGGACUUCAUCAAGGGACUCAACAAGCAAAGUACAGCUGUUUCCGGAGAAGACUGCAAAGCUCGGUUGUCAGCCUUGUUGGCGGAUGAUAGCUACGGAUGCUUUGUGGGGAAAGAGGUCUAUGUGAGAGUGUGCAAAUCCAUGUGGUAUGACAAUCUCAAGUUGCAGGCUUGGAAUGAGAUGGUAUCAAGCACUUUCGAGUUCCUCAGAACCAAUGUGAGCGAAGAUGACCACUUUACUCACAGGUCAUUUUUGCUCCAGCAAACGACUGUGACACUGCAGAAGCUUUUGCGAGGCAUUGUCCCAGACAAGGUUACGAUUGACGGGCAAGACGUUAUGGAGCCAAUUUGCAACUUUGUGAAUGUCAUGAUGAAUGAGUUCCCUGCUGUUGAGAAUCGGAGCUGCUUCAAGUCGCUGCAUGUCCUUCUUUUACCUUCAGCCUAUGACCCGCAGAGCCUCUUGGACUCUUUGGUGGCACUCAAGGCAGCCACACAAUCAGCUUCCAUUUUGUGGUCCUUCAAGUCUCUUGCACAAGGGAAGAAGAUUAUGAGCUUGGCAGAAGCAACGGCAGAAGGGCAAUCCCAUAUGUGUGAGCUGAUGUCGAAGGUAAAGGAUACCGUUCAGACAUGUGAGCAAUUUACAACUGCUCUCGCUGGUCUUAAGCCUGCUGCAGCAUUCGAUUCCUUUGCAAAGGUCUUCACUUCAUUCAAGGACAUUGCUUCCAAGACGGACAUCAAGGAUGAGACUGCGCAAAGUGCUUUGGGGAAUGCCAAGGACGCUUUGAAGAACUAUGCCGACGCGGUUGUCAAGCAUCAUGUGUGUCAUGAAACCGUCCCCUGGUUGAGCACGCAAACCCAGACACUCAGAGACUCCAAGAUCAUGUCCAAGCCACCAGCAGUUGCUCUCACCAAUCUUCUUCCAGAAAUUCCACGAGUGGUUGGAGAGCCAUUGGUCUGUCUUCAGGAUUUGGCACUUUUCUUGGAUAGCACCAAUGCAGUAUCCCAGGAGGUUGAUGCUCUACUACGGAUUCCUGUAGGUGAUCAGGUUGCCAAGAAGAGAGCCACAGCUGUAAGUCUAUGCCAAGCUGUGAACCGUUGGCAGGAAGCACAGACCAAAUUUUUGUGUUCCUUCUCAAUGGCCAAUGAAUCAGUUGCGGCAUUGCAGCACCAGCUGAAUCUCCUUGUGCAGUCUACUUGCCAGGAUGUAUGGCAUGAUGCUAUCAAACCUCCAAGUGACGUUUUCAUGCUCCACAUAGUCUUGUCAAAUGCACGCCUGGAAUAUCGGAAGUUUGAGGAGGCCUUAGCUGCGGCUGCAGAUGCCAAACUUCUGCUGACAGGGUUCAAAGAUGAUGAUGCAGCAGAUCUUCAGAAUGCAUCCGUGUUUCUGGAGAGCAUACUGUCGUUCAUGCAGGCCUAUGCAUCAGCCGAGACGGAAGAGGAGAUGAAGAAGAACAAGAAUGAUAGUGGAGUUCCACAUGUCAUACUUCAAGAGUCUUCCUCAACUCCAACAAAGUCUCUCCGCACGUUGAUUGAUUUGUUCAAGUCAUUGGGCAUUCUUUCCAAAGACGCUUCUCCAAGCGCUUCUUUGCCUGUGGGUGAGAAUCAGAUGCAGUUUUAUGUGAUUCAUGUGGUUCUUGUGACUGGAACCAAGUUCAAUCUCAAAGACACUAUGGAGCAAACAUAUGUUGAUGAGAUUGAGAAGAAUGCCAAGUUCAUGGAUGAGACCAUGCAUAAAAUCCAGACGUUGAAGCCCUUUCCCAUCUACGAGGAGAAAGAUGAGGAAGGCUUUCUCAAAAUGAUGCGUGUGGAUGACAAGCAGACAAAACUUUCCAGGUUGGUGAACAUCCUUGAAACGAAGCUCACAAACAUGGAGACAGACUGUGCAGCACUUGGGAUUCCAGUCAGGCAAGGUCUUCCCUUUGUUGAUGAAGUCCAGCAGGAGAUCAAAACGGUUCUUUCAUUGGCUGCCACAGCUACCUGCCUGCAUAUCCUCACAUCAAAGCAGGCUUCCAAUGGUACUGCGGUCUUGCUGCCCAGCAUUGAAAAGACUUUGAGCUUCAUUGAAGCAAGUGAGAAGGUUGAAGUGCCAGGGGUGAUCUUCACAAAAAUGCUGAAAAUGAAAGAGACCCUAAAAGCAGCAGCUUUGCCAAAGCGUGGGCAGGUAGUCAAGAGCAGCCAAGCUAAGAAAGCUUGA